AUGCGGAGCCUGGGGUUGGCCUCAUCUCCCCGGAACCGGAAGAUGGCAAAGAGGACGCCUCUGCAGCUCAGAACGAAAGAGCAUUCGCCUCUCCCAGUGCCUCCUGGGGUGGAGACACCGGCAUCGCCGGCAACGCCGCCAGAGCUACAGUCACCUGGACCUGACGACGAGAACGGGAUUCCAGGUGGUGCCUUCCCGCACAACCGGCCCACUAGCUGGGUUGAGGUCGAGGGCGAAACCAUGGAAGAUCUGCAGCGCGAGCUCGAGGUUGUGACCUGUCCGAAGCCCUGCAUAUCUACGGAGACCCAGACGGACGAUCCUCCUGAAGAGGUGCCAGAGGACUGUGCAGACCGCUGGUUCUCGGGCUUCGUCGAUGCGGUUCCAGCUCGGAGUUCUCAUCCAGCCAAGGUUACCACAGACCUUAAUGCAGAGGCGGCUAGCUCCUCCGACUCUGACUCUGACAGCAGUGACAACGACGAGGUCACCUGCAAGCCCGAGCGGCAGAUACGUCGUCGGUCAGCUGGCAGCCUGAGCCGCGAUCGCGGGGAUGGGCCACAAGAGCCCGAAGCAAAGAACGCAACAGCAGAGCCCGAAAGCAGCAGCAGCAGCUCUUCGUCGUCCAGCAGUCGUGCUUUGUUUCGUAUUCAUCAGAAGACGCUCCUUGCAGAGCCACUGCGCAAGCUGCGGGUACAGUCCGAGAGGAUCUUGCCAGCUAUCGUGACUAUCCAGGUGCUCUUGUUGGCGGCGCUGCAUAGCUCCUACGUUGGCCAAGCGAGUUGCCUACCGGAAGUUCUUCAACGAGCAGGGCUUUGGAACGACACUGCUUCGAGACCGUACCUCCCAGAGGAUACUUUGCUAUACCUCACGAUUACGCUUGGGGACGGCGUCACAGGGCUGACCAUCGUCGAAGCUGGAAGCCACAGGUCAGCAAAUCGAUCCAGCUCGAAUCAUCUUCGACUUGAAGAUGCUUCCGAUGUUUUUGGUACCUACCGCUUUGCUUUGGACCGCGAGAUAGUACAAAUGCACAAGCCGGUCUUUGAGAAGCACAACUUCGAGGUGCGAAACGUGUCGCUGGCGCAAGCUUGCCUCGCGCCCUUGACGCCCCUGGCGGAUGCCUUGCAUUUCUUCAAUGCUUGGGACGGCCUGGUUAUAAAUGAGUUGGCCUACAGCCUUCGGUCCCGGGGAUAUCUGGAAAGGAUGGAUGGCGAUGAAGUUCUUGAGGCCUGGGCCUGGACCAAAGAACAAGUUGAGUCCCCCAAUCCUGAGCAGGGGCGCUCCUGGCUGGCCUCGCUCUUCCGGAAGCUUCUCAUACUGCUCGGUUCUCUGCUCUCCUUCGCAUUAAUAUCUGCAGUCACGGGACUCUUCAUACGCAUCGCCGUGCAUGGUUCCGCCGUGCUCAUGUUUCCGCUUGCGUUAGUGGCACAGACGAUGGGCUUGAGCUCGUCCCGGAUGUCGAUAAACGUGCUCUCCCGCAGCUUUCCAUGGAUUGGAGUCCAUGUGGAUGUUUUGCGGCGUGGUGGUCGUCCUGUUUGGCCUUUGCUUCGAUCGCACAUGGCGUUUCUGCUUGUGCAGUCUUUCGCAUAUUUGAGCUGCAAUCUGGCUUGGAGGUUUCUGCUUUAUCGAAAAUCUUCGCCAGAGGGUUUUGAAGAGAACAUCUUUAGCUUGUGUUCGCUACUUGAGCUUUUCAACUUGAUCUUUGUGCGAUCUCCGUCUUCGGCAGCGCUGUACCCGAAGGUUGCCAGUGCCUGCGUCGUUUAUCUCCACUUCUACAUAUUCUGUUCACUGUAUCCGUUUCACGGCCUGGCAUUUCUAACUUGCGUUGGAGCCUGUGCAUAUGUCAUGGUAUACUGCUUAAACCAUUUCGAAGAGCCCGCGCUUCGGGCAGACCCUUUCAGCAACACCACGCCCACGGUGGCUCAUCCACGAGCUUUGUACCUGCCCCUGUUGUCACCGUCGUGGACUAUUGAAGCAGCUCCGCUGUGGACCAUGUUCUACCCGCCGGAGCAUGCGUCGACGUUCCCGGAAGUGGCUCUCGCCAGCGGCAACGAGCUCCUUCUUCAGACGAGGAAGCAGCAAAGGCCGAAGGUGCAGCUCCUGCCAGCGAGAUGCCAGUGGAUCCGCGCAGUCGCGUUGUUCAGGACUACUCCGACGUUUUCUGAUCUGACAGACUGUGUCGGCAGUGAGAUGAGGAAAGCUUGGGGAAAUUAG